ACGAUUUGAUUCAUCUUCUUCAAUCAGUGAAGAAGAAGAAGAACCUCGAAAAAUGGCUAAAGAGAGAGACCAAAACACUAAAGACAACAAAAACCUCCUCAUCUGUUUCUUAUGGAACUUCUCCGCCGAGCUUAAACUCGCUUUAAUGGCGUUACUCGUUCUCUGCACUUUAGCCACUCUCCUCCCAUUUUUACCUUCUUCUUUCUCCAUCUCCGCCUCCGACCUCCGUUUCUGCAUCUCACGUAUCGCCGUUAACUCCACCUCCGUCAAUUCCACCGCCGUCGUCGAAAAGCCAGUCUUAGAUAACGCCGUUAUGACUGAGAAGCCGGUGCUGGAUAAACCUCCGUUAAGUGAAGAGACGGUGUUAAGUAACGGCGUUAUUAAACGGACGUUUACUGGUUACGGCUGGGCAGCUUAUAACUUCGUGUUAAUGAACGCAUACAGAGGCGGCGUUAACACAUUCGCCGUUAUCGGUUUAUCAUCUAAACCACUUCAUGUCUACGCUCAUCCAACUUACCGUUGUGAAUGGAUUCCACUAAACCAAUCCGAUAACCGGAUUUUAACCGACGGAACCAAAAUCUUAACCGAUUGGGGAUACGGUAGAGUUUACACAACCGUCGUCGUAAACUGUACUUUCCCGUCAACCACCGUCAUAAACCCUAAUAACACCGGAGGUACUCUUCUCCUCCACGUAACCACCGGAGAUUUAGAUCGGAACAUCACCGAUUCAAUCCCAGUCCUCACCGAAACUCCAAACACCGUCGAUUUCACCCUCUACGAAUCCCAUCGCCGCCGUGAAAAGUACGAUUAUCUCUAUUGUGGAUCGUCUCUCUACGGAAACUUAUCUCCACAGAGAAUCAGAGAAUGGAUCGCUUACCAUGUUAGAUUCUUCGGAGAAAGAUCUCAUUUUGUUCUUCACGACGCCGGAGGGAUUUCAGAGGAAGUGUUCGAGGUUUUAAAGCCAUGGAUUGAGCUUGGAAGAGUGACGAUACAUGAUAUAAGAGAUCAAGAACGAUUCGAUGGUUAUUAUCAUAAUCAGUUCAUGGUGGUGAAUGAUUGUUUGCAUAGGUAUAGAUUCAUGACGAAGUGGAUGUUCUUCUUUGAUGUUGAUGAGUUUUUAUAUGUUCCGGUGAAGGAGACGAUUUCGUCGGUGAUGGAAUCUUUGGAGGAAUAUUCUCAGUUUACUAUUGAACAGAUGCCUAUGAGUAGUCAGCUUUGUUACGACGGUGAUGGUCCGGCGAGGACUUACAGGAAAUGGGGAUUUGAGAAAUUGGCGUAUAGGGAUGUGAAGAAAGUACCAAGACGGGAUAGGAAAUACGCGGUUCAACCGCGUAAUGUAUUUGCGACAGGAGUUCACAUGUCUCAGAAUCUACAAGGGAAGACAUAUCAUAGAGCGGAAGGGAAGAUCCGGUAUUUUCACUACCACGGUUCAAUCUCGCAGCGUCGUGAGCCUUGUCGUCAUCUUUAUAAUGGUACCCGUAUCGUUCAUGAAAACAAUCCUUACGUUCUUGAUACCACAAUGCGCGAUAUUGGUCUUGCGGUGAAGACGUUUGAGAUUAGGACGAUUGGAGAUCGCUUGCUUAGGACAAGGCAGUGAAGAUAGGAGAAGAAUGGUUAAAGAGAUGUUAUCAUUAUGCAUUGUAACGUAAAUCUUUAGAGUAUUAUUUAGGUGAAUGUAACAAUUUUUAUGGUUUUUCUAAGUAUAUUCUUUUAUUGUAUUAUAAAAUGUGUUCAUAGAA